UGUUGCAAAAUGGCCGCCACGAAGAUUGCCGAUUUUGGGUAGAAGGUGAAUUUUGGAGUGUGUUAGACUUUUUUUUAUCAACACUUUUCCAAGGAAAAACCCGUGAAAAUAGGGAUGUUUUUCAUGUAAAUACACUGCAAAGAUCCCGUGGAUAAUGGUACGAGUGUAUUGGUGAUUUUGUGAUAGGUUUUGGGGGUGAUUUUUGGGUGUUUUUGUUAUGUAAAGUGGAAAAAAAAGAAAAGGAAAAGUUUCCCCCAUCAUGGAGACGCAGAGGAAUGGCAUACUCAUGGUGUGAAAAUUUCAACGAUUAAUUUGUGCAUUUUCUCCAUUGCGGGGGAAGAAAAAGUGCUGUCGACGGGGGAGUAGAAGGAUAUUUUGUGGUUGUGCUGCGGAAAUUGUGUGUGUAGUGCGUGAAGGAAGUGCCCAAAGGCAGACCCGAACGUAGUGUGCGUGUUGGGAACGGAGGAGCAGAGUUUUUUCUGUUGGCGCAGAGUUUUUUUCGGGGCACGGCUAAAGGACUCUCAGCUGUGUUUUAGUGGUAAAGGGAUAGUGCGGGGUGCUGCAGGGGCUUUGUUGUGUGUGCAGGAAGGCCCCCCGGAGGGGCUACACACCACCGUACGCGUGUGGAUUGUGCAGGAAAAUGGAUACCAGCACCCACGUUCCAGCCACUGACGGACUUUUUUCUUUGUGAUUCCACUGACGCAGCCCCGUGAAGAAAAUUUGAGGAGUAUGGAAAAGGCGAAAGCCUAUAUAAAGAACGAACUGAGAGGCUCCCUGGCACAGGCAGAGUCUCCGGCACAUCAUGGUGCUUCGGGGCAUCCACAGCAGCAGCAGCAGCAGCAACAGAAUGAAUGUGCUGACAAUGCUAUGACGAUAUGUUUUGUUUGUGGCGUUCGGGGUGUUUUGGAGCAGUACCCAUUGCGUGUACGCCCCAAUCCGGAGCGCCCCAAUGAGCCAAAUUUCCCUUUCCUCGAGAGUCACGAACCCCCAACGGGAUUGCCGCCGGUGUCGGCAUCGCAACCCAUUGUACGCGCCUGUUUGCUCUGCUUUAAGCUCCUCAUGAAGCAAUGGGAGAGUCAUGAGCGCGAUGGGCGCCCCUAUACGCAGCGUCUGUAUCAUUUGAAGCGUGUCGACGGGAAGGGGUACGUGGGGGCGGAUAUGUCGGUACAGGGGGAGUAUGCAGCACAAAUAUUGGGCUUAAGUACGGAGCAUUUGGGUAGUGGGCAGCCGUAUCAGCAGUACAGCGUGCAACGGGAUUCACGACCAACAUCGCGUGAUCCGCAGCAUCAUGCACCGUACCCCGCGCAAAUGGUGGCACGUAAUGAGAGCCCCAUUCGUCCCACAUCGCGCAAUGAGUCUCCGGUGUCAAAGGAGGCAGCUGCCUACUACAAACGUACACCCGACAUGUACAAUCGACCGUCCAGCAGGAAUGAGAAGAUCCCCACACCAACGUCACGUCCUGUUUCACGGGAGAAUAUGAGUGCUGGUGGUGCCCCGCCGGGGCAACGUGGAAAUUCCUAUGACGGCAUAAGCAUAAGACCAUCGUCAUUUGCACAUCAUAAAUACAAACUCGGCUCAUUGGGGUAUAUGAGUGCAACAGGGGGUGGUGGCAUGGACAUGCAGCAGCAGCAGCAGCAGCAGCUGCAAUCACACCUGAAGACACAAUCUCCGUAUACGCUUCAACCGUCACCGGGGCCAUUUCAGCAGGACGAAGAGGGGGCCCUUGAUCUGCGGAAUACAUCAUCACGUAGCUCCGAUUCAUCGUCAACGAUGCCCUCGGCAACGGAUAUACUCGAUCUCUCGAUGCCCGAUAAGAAUUCCAUGACUGAGGUGUGCUACGUGUGUGGGGAGGAGUAUCGCCGUGGGAGUCUCACGGAAUUGAGUACGGUUAUGCCGAAGGAGCCAAAGGAUCGUGAUAAGCCGUACUUUCCAAUUUUUGGCGAGCAACACCCACGACCGGCACGUUCGAGGCCAAAAGAUCCAAAAGGAAUGAUUCAGGCAUGCAAACUCUGCUAUCAGCAUAUGCUUCAGCAGUGGCAUCAUUUUCAGGCCCACAAUGUUCCUGAUAGUGAACGACAUUACAAAUUGAGGAAGCGCCCAGCAUCAGUUGGGGAACGUGAGAGGGCUACCUUUGUGUGCUAUACGUGCGGCACUGACAGCCCCUCAUCGCAACUGAGGCUCGUCUAUUGCUGCCCAAAUGCCGAACGUGAACCAUACUAUCCAUUCAUAAAGACACUAAAAGCCUUUCCCAAUGCUAGUCCUAUCAGUCCGCAGGGCAUGGUGCAAAUAUGUUCCUCGUGCAAUGAAAAGCAUUCGCACUUAGCUGAAGGUGGUGGUGCUACCAGCAUUGAUGGCAGAUUUACACCGUCCGAUAAUAAGUCACAAGCCAAUUCGGAAACCAGUAAUGUGCGGUUUAAGCCUUAUGAAGCGAUAUCACUUAAUGCGGCUGGAACGGUUGUUGUGAGGGACCCAAAGGGUCUCAGGCGGGAUUCAAGACCAAAUACACCGCCACAUUCGCAUGAGCCCCUUGAAAAUGGUCAUGGGCAGUAUCCUCAGUUGUAUCCUCCUUGCUCUGUCAGGUGCUUCAUCUGCAAGGGGCUGUUUCCGGGUAAUCAAAUGGAAUGGCUGUCAACGUCGGCGGAGCACAUGAAUUCGCAUGCGAUGCAUUUUCCGUGCUUAAAGACAAGCGAUGGUGGUGCAAAUCGCGUACUUGCGUGCACACGGUGUGUCGCCCACUUGGCAAAGCAGUGGGAGACAAUGGAUGCCGACAGGGUGCCCCUUGAGCAUCGUCGGUACAACAUUCCAUCGCCAAUCCCAACGACGGGCUCCCCCAAUGGGUCACGUGGCCUGGGGGGUAUUAAUACGCCGCCAUCAACGCCAUCGGUGGCCUCCACGCCGGCCAGUACGUCCAUCUACUGCUUCCUGUGUGGCCUCCAUUCGGACUUGACGCUCGCACGUGUCUUGUAUGCCAGCAAGGAGGGUUCCCGCCCCUACUUCCCGUAUCUCCUUAAGCACAAAUCACCCCCAAAUGCGGAACAAUUGCGCUCCGACUAUUCAGCCCUCGUGUGCACCUUCUGUUACCACUCGUUGCUGAGUCAGUGGCGAAAGUAUGAAGCACAAAAUGCAGUACUACCAAAUGAGAGGAAGUACAAUUGGCACGACUACUGCUGCCAUCUGUGUGGCAUUACGACAUAUCGGAAGAGGGUACGAGCCCUGCCAAUUCGGGAGUUUCCAUUUGUGGCUAAUCGCAAGAGUGAUGGGGCGCUACUGCUCGAAAAUGGGGACUAUGCUGUUGUUUGUCUCGAUUGCUAUGAAAGUCUCAGACAACAAUCAGCCGAAUAUGAUCGAUGGAAUGUUCCAAUUGAGAAGAGAGAAUACAAUUGGGUACCGCAGCCUCCGCCACCAGAAGAUAGUCCGGAUGUUGCUGUAGCCAGAUUACCAAGUGGCGAACGUUCUGACAAAGUAAUGAGCUACAAACCAAAUUCAGCAAUGCGAUCAAUUCCCAGUAAGAAAAAUUGUUCUCCAAAGCAAUCAAGUGAUAAGAGGGAUUCAAUUCAACCAAAACCAGGUCAAAAGAGACCAAGUCCAGCACCACCGAUCCCCUCGUCGCCGCAUCUCCAUCAGUCGUCGCAAUUGUCAAAUCAUGUGUCCAAUCAUUUGGCAGCCGCUGCCGCCGCCGCGGGUGCUGGUGGUGUAGGCGGCGGGAGUGCAGCCGCUGCAGCAGCAAGUGGACGGGGUCCCUUUGCGUCGGCAUUGCGCAAUUUGGCAAAACAGGCGGAUAUUAAGGAUGACGACGGGGGUGGUGCGGGAGCGUCUGGCGGCGGCGGCGGCGGGUCAGGCGGUGCGGCAGGUGGCGCCGGGGGUGGAAAUCUCAGUGGUAGCAGCGAUGCCGUACGAGGUGUGAACAGCGGCGGUGCGACAUCACUCAUGACGACGGUGCAGCGAAGUGGGGGCAUGCACGACGGCAGGGGGGCACCAGGAGAUGGGCGUGGCAGUUCGGGUCAGACGCACACGUCGGAUGUGAGGCAGGCAGUUGGGGGUGGUGCUGUUGAUGAUCGAGGUGCCAAGAAGAGGACGGCAUCGCCACCACCAGAAAAGAUGCCGAGACUGAGUGGCCCACCGAGUAUACAGCCGGAAUUGGCGCUGGCCAGGAGUGGUUUUCAACCAUAUCGACCCGAUGAGAGGCUCGCACAUCCCGCUGGUGCAUUUCCCCUUGAAGCCUAUACGUCCUUUGGGGCAAUUCCGGGACUUCCACCAGGAAGUCUCUUCAAUCCUGCAGCAUUGCAGUACCCGGAACAGCUGUAUUUGGAUCAGAGAAUUCAAAAUAUGUUCCGUAGUGUUGGGCAUCAUCCUCAUGCACACCCACAUCCCCUCUAUUCCCCCCUGGCUUCGCCCUAUGCGCCCCAUUUGUACGGGAUGCUGCCCACGGGAGCUGCCCUUGGAUUAGGGGUUCCAGCGGGUUUUCAUGAGCGUCUUAAGCAGGAGGAGGAGCAUCGGGCACGGCUGGCACGGCAGGAGGAGGAACAGCGUGAGCGUGAGUUGCAGCAACGUGAGAAGGAGCGUGAGCUGCGGGAACAGCGUGAACGGGAACAGCGGGAGAAGGAGCAAAGGGAAAAGGAGCAACGGGAGCGUGAGCAGAGGGAGAAGGAGCAAAGGGAGAAGGAGGCACGUGAGAGGGAGAUGCGUGAGAAGGAACGUGAAGCGCGUGAGCGUGAACGGUUGGCGGCAUCGCAUCACUACGCACCGCAAAUGUACUCACAUCCAUCAAUGCGGAAUAUGCCGCAUAAUUUGCUGGGGCAACUCCUUCCGCCGGGCCCAUCGAGUCUUGCGUCACUCACAAUGGGUCUGCGGCCGCCGCCGCAGACGUCGUUGCACUCAAUAUCGCAACUAUCGCCGUAUCAUGCCACGUCGCAACGUCAGAGCCCCCAUGCGGCGGCAAUGAGUCUCAAUUUGGGUAUGGGCCUCCCCCCAAUGCCACCGCAUUCCGUACAUUCGUCCCUCAAUCUCUCGCAUCAUCUCCCACUGGGGCAUCCGGCAGCAAUGCCGGUUGUUUCACAUGCGAGCCUCGGGGGGCACACAACGUCCCCGUCGGCCCUCCUGGGGACACAUCCAAGCCUCAGCGGGUUAGCAGCACAUCCGGGACUUUUGGCCGCCAGUGGGGGACUCAAUUUGAGCAGUAGCAGCUCAGCGGCGGCGGCGGCAUUGAAUUUGGGCACAAAUCCCGCCGUUUCGGCGCACAAUCUCACCGUGGAGCGUGAACAGCAACGUUCAGCUGUGUAUGCCAGCUAUGGGAUGCCCGUGAGUACGGCAAGUAGUGGCAUGCCACGAAGUGCAUCAGCUAUUCCGGCUGUAUCAGCCGCUCCCCCAGCUCACUAUGCGCCGGCGAGACCCUCAUCGCAGCCACAGAGCCUCAACAGUGUCAUGACAUCGAGUGCGAGUAAUGCAAUAAUACCAAAAAGCCCCCAAAUGGCGGGAAAUGUCGCCACGUCUGCAGCUGCACCUACCAAUGGUCCCACUGUGCCCAAUAGCACGGGUGGCCCCAGUGGCGCAGGAGGGAUGAAUUUAAUUGCAAAACAACCGGAAAUGCCAACUGAGGCACUCCCCGUGGCGCCCCCAACGACGAAUCCCGUGGAAAAUGGUGCCAAUUCGUCAUCAGAUGAAAUGAGUAGCUCAGCAGCAGCAAAGGAUGCUGCUGCUGCGGUGAUGUUGCUGCAGGAACAAAACGCAGAUAAAGUGAAUGACAAAGACAUUGCACCAACGAGUAAUGGAGGCGGUGAGAAAGCCGCCGGUGGGAUUGAGGGGCAGAGUCCCAGUGAAGUUCAAGCAUCAAAUAAUGGUGAUACAGCUGCACCAGCAGCAACAACACCACCUGCAGAUGUUGCAGCAGCAACAAAAUUAUCAGCAGACAAUGGGAAUACCAAUAGUAGCAUUGAAAUGGCAGCAGCAGCAGCAGCGACGGAUAGUAACAAAUUAGUAGCACAGCAAACAGAACGUGGAUGCCACGAGGAGCCCCCGACGAGGCAGCCAGAUGGGAAUUGCGGGCCGAUCCCAGCAUACAGUCGACCAAGUCAUUUGCCCCCAUUCGAGACGCCCGCAUCGACGCGCCAUUAACCACCACUAAUCCUGUGGGGCCCUCUCACGGAAGGGAAUCCACCAUAAAGACGAAUUUUUGCUGCAAUUUUUCGAGCAAAUGAAUCAUUUUUUUUUUACUUUUAAAUUAAUUUAUUUUCUUUUUUAGGGAAUUGUUUGACGUUUUUUUUUUUGUAAUCAAAAGAAGGAUUUGGGGAAAGAAGAGAGCAAAUACAGAGUGGUUCAGUCAGAUUUGUUCAUUGUUUAUUGUAUUUUGUAAAACUUUUUAGGAAUGACUUUGAGAACCCUUUGAACGAAUAAAUGUAACAUAAAAUGAUUUUAUUUUCAUUUAAAAGGAAUAAAUUCCGAUGAAAUGAGAAUUUUAGAAAAUUAUGAGCAAAAUUUCACGAGUUUUGGUUACAAAUUGAUUUUUCUAGACAAUUUUAAAGCCAGAUUUUGCAAAACAAAAUUAUGAACUUUUUGGGCAAAUCUGCUUUAAGACGAUAUCUUGACUGAAUCACUCUGUUUGUGUCUUCAUUUCAAAAAUAAAACGUUUUUUAAUAAAAAAAAAAGAAUAAAAUUUUCCUAACUUAAAAGAAACGGCGCGCGCGGGAAACAAAAAUCAAAAAAGAAAAAAAUUACUUAACUCCUUUCAUCUUAACUAAAAUUAUCAAAAAAAAAAUGAAAUAAUCAUUAAAUAAAAUUCAGAGAAAGAAAGAAAAAUGCGAGAAUUUGAGGGAUCUUUAUCAUGUUGCUAAAAAAGAAAAGAAAUUAAAAAGAAAAUUCAUUCUCAACUCUAAAUUUAAUAAAAAGAAAGAAAAAAACAUUAAAUUAAAAGAAAUUAAAUUAAAAAAAAGAUGUAAAUGAUGAGAAAAAAAUGAAACUGUGAUAAAUUUACAUGGGAUGAAAAUUUUGAGAAAAGAAGCAAAGAAAAAUAAUUAAUUUUCCUUCAUAAACUGCUCAUAAAUUGGUCUUAUUUAGCGAAUAAGAAAUCGUUGAUACUUCAAGAAUUUCUUCUGAAAUUUUAGAGAUUUUUUAGUCGCUGAAUAAGGCUGAAUUUUUAUUUUUAAAUUUAUUUUUUCAGUAGUUCUUAGUGCAAAUAUUUAGCACAUUUUUCAAUUAAACUAAAUGAAGAUUUAUGUGAGUUUCUCUAAGUUCAGAGAUGAGUGAAAAGAAAAGAAUUUUGCCAACAUUUUUUCUCCUUUUUUUCUUGAUAAUAAAAAAAGAUAAAUAAAAUAAAAAUAAAAUGACGAAAGAGCACUAAAAGAAUGAAAAAAACUAAAAUAUGCGAAGGAGAAGAAAAUUCAAAAAUAAAAAAAAUAUAUUAAAAGAAGAAAAAUGUCACGAGAUAGCGCUAGAAUGGCUGGAAAAACGUGUAAAUAUAGCAAAGAUUUAAAUGCGCUCAUUAAGAGAACAAGCCCAUGCAAGAAAGAAGAGAGAGAGUGAGCUUUAUUCGUUGGAAAUAGAAGGGAUUUCGCUAAAAGAAAAUUCAAAAAAGAAGGAGACGCGUAGUAGGGCGAAUGGGUUCUGUGAAUAAAUUUGAGGGUUUAGUGGAUAAAGGAGGAGAAAGAAGACCUAAAGAAAAACCCAAAUUUGCUAAUAAAUGUGUGAAGAUAAUCUAUUUCAUAAAAAAAAAAUUAAACGAUAUACAUUGAAUAAACUAUGAUGGAGCUAUGAA